AUGCUUCACGCGUCUCGUUCACUGAUUCGCACGUCUUCGGACCAUUUGCACGCGGCGACGAUGAUUCGAAAUUCGUCGACCGCGACGAAACACGUAUUCGCGUGUGUGUUGGGAUCCGGUGUAGCCGGAUCCUCUGUCGCCUAUCAUUUGACAAAACGAAAUAUCAAGGAUGUGCUUCUUCUGGAGCGUGCUUCUGGCGUCGCCUCACCAACGGGAACCUCGUUCCACUCGCCGGGACUCGUCUCCGCCAGUCACCCCGCCCAUCGAUACAAGCCAAUUCUGGCUCAUUCCAUUGAGUUGUACUCGAAAUUGGAAGAAGAGACUGGAGUGAAAAUUGACUUCCAACCAACUGGAACGAUUCGUUUGGCGACGAAUGAGACUCGUCUGGCGGAAUUCCGCAAAUAUGUGAACCGUGAUUAUUAUAAGGGUCUUGGAAAAAUAGAAGAGCCCCCUGAAGGAGACGUCUGCAAAACGACGCUCCUCACCCCGGACCAAGUGCGCGAACUCGCUCCAGCCGUCGACCAUUCUCGAGUUUUGGGCGCCCUCCAUACCACCAACGACGGCACCAUCUCGGCUCGAGCUCUCACUCAGGCUCUCGUCGUUGGAGCCAAAGCUGGCGGAGCACAAGUCAUCGACGGAGCGAUUCCACGAGAAAUUCGAUAUGAUAAGGAGAAGGGGCACUGGAUUGUGGCACUGGAGGAUGGAACACUCGUUACCACAAGGAAUCUGAUUAACGCCGGUGGAAUUUGGGCGAAUGAUAUUGCGAGACUCUCGGGACACAAUUUGCCGGUUGUGGUUGUCGAGCAUCAGUAUGCUGUGCUGACGCCCAACAAGACACCAGACAACACACCAGCCAUCAUAGAUCACGACUCCACAUUCUACGUGCGUAAAUCAGGAGAUGACUACCUUUUCGGAGGAUUCGAACCCCUCGAAAAGACCGUAAUCCGUGAGGAUUGGUACAAAAAGGGUGUCCCAACCGAGGGAUCCAAAUCCAUCAAAGCCGAUUUCUCUCGCCUGGACGAUGCUUACAAACGUGCUUGUGACCUGAUUCCCUCCCUAGAAGGAGCUAAAAUCGACGCACGUGCCGCGGUAUUCUCAAUGACUCCAGAUGGAUAUCCCCUAGUUGGACCAUACGAUAAGAACUAUUGGAUGUCCACUGGAUUUUUGGAUGGAGUUUCCAGUGGUGGAGGUAUUGGCAAAUACCUCGCAGAUUGGAUUGUGGAUGGAGAACCGCCGGCAGAGUUGUUCGACACGGAUGCGAGUAGAUAUGAGAGAUGGGGAGAUCGGAAAUUCUUCACCGAGAGAUCUCGUGAAACGUAUUCGAUGUACUAUAAUUGGUCGUAUACGGAUCGUUUGGCUGGAAGACCGACCGAUCGAAUUAGUGGAGUUUAUGGACGGCUCAAGAAGGAUGGAGCGUCGUUCUCGUUUAGAAACGGCUGGGAAGUGGCGAACUCGUUCAAUAUGGGCGUCCAAAACGAGGAAUACCUGCCAACGCUGAUUCGUGAGUACGAAAUGGUCACCAACAAAUGCGGAGUCAUUGAUUUGUCAUGGAAGGGAAAGAUUGAAGUGAAGGGAAGAGACGCAGAGAAGCUCAUGGAUUAUGCUAUUGCUAGUCAGGUAGGAAGGACUGGGAGUUGGCUGAAAAUCUGGGAAAAAUGGAUCCCCGCGCUCGGAAAGAUCAGCUCUGGGUUGAUGUUGACACGUCACGGAGGCAUCCUUGGACCAAUGAUGAUCUUCCAUCACGACCGUCAGCGAUCCGCGUUCAUUUUGCUCACGGAGCCAGAAAGAGAGUCGAGAGAUUUGUAUUGGUUGAGACGUGCCGCCGCUGAGAAGCAGAUGGAUGUGCAGGUCUCGAUAGUGUCUGAAUACUUGGCAUCUCUGGCUCUAGUCGGUCCAAAAUCGCGUGAAGUUCUGUCCGCUCUCACGAAAUCCGACGUCUCCGACGAAGGAUUCCCUCAGAAAUCGACUCGAAUGAUCCGCCUGGGACCAGUCGGUGUCGUCUGUGCCCGUUCUUCGACUUCCACCGGACAACUCUCCUUCGAAUUGUUCCAUAAUCGUGCGGAAACUGCGAAACUCUACCACGCAGUGAUGGGCGCCGGACGCGAUCAUGGAAUUGUGAACUUCGGACAGGCGGCGUUGAAUAUGAUGCGUUUGGAGCAUGGAUACAAGAUUUGGGGAAAAGAACUGACCCUGGAUACGAAUCCGUUCGAGUGUGGAAUUGGAAGUUUGGUGGAUUUCAACAAGAAGGAAUUCAUUGGAAGAGAAUCCGCGCUGGAGUUUAGCAAGAAGGAGUUUGACCGCCGCCUUGCCCUGAUCACAUUCGACACCGAAGAGGGAAUCGUUUUGGAUGACAAAUACGUUCCAUCCGGAAACGAAGUGAUCCGCAUCGAUGGACAAGAAGCGAGAGUCGGACAAAUCACGUCCGGAGCCUACAAUGUCCGCCUUCAGAAGCCGAUUGCGUUCGCGUGGAUCGACAAUUCGGUUGGGAAGAAUGAACGGCUCGUCGUCGAUAUUGGAGACAAACGCCUGUUCGCCACCAGUCUCGAGACGCCAACCAUUCCACCAAUUCAAUAA